AUGUCUGGAAACAGGGUUGAUGACAAUUUGCUUACAAAUUCUUUUCAUGACUUCAAAAAACAUGCUGGUGUAGACAAUUUAAAAAUUGUGGAUGAAAAUGUUGAUAUCAAUGGAGAUGGUUUCAGCUCCAACUGCUGCAACCCACCGGUGCCUGAAGAUUUUGUUUUCAUUGAUGAAUGUGAUGAAAAUGAUGAUGCAACUGAAUUUUCUGAGAGGAGUUUGGAUGAACGUUUAAAUGAAAGUUUGAAGUUGAAAUGGAUGAGAGCACCGUGUUUCAUUGUUUCAGAUGAACAUGUCUCAAACCAUUUGCAGUCUUCCAUGUUGUUGGAUAGUUCAAAAUUUUCUGAUCAAAAAAAUUUCAGUAUCAUAAAUAGUUCAUGUAAUAGUGAGAAGGAAAUCAUCUAUUCAAUUACAAAAUCCAAAUAUGAGCAGAUGGCUAAACAUUUCACCAGGUUGGCAGCCAGUUUUUCUGAAAAGUCUCCUUUGAUUGGUACAGAUUUUUGCACUAGAGUAAAUUCAGAUGAUAGUGAUGAUGACGAAGAAGACUGGAAGGUGGCUGAAGAUAUGAAGACCGAAUUGAAUCUAACAAAAGAUGAUUCCCUAACAUCUUGUCAACUGGGUGAGUUUCAAAUGCACAGUACUCCAGUGAAGAAUAAUUUGAAAAUCAAUAAAAAUGGCUCAAUGUUUGGAGUGGAAGUAGCAGAUCAACUGAUAAAUGAGCAGCUUAAAAUCAUUAUGAAUGGUGGGGAUUUUGAGGAUGAAGAUGCAGCAGAUGAUGUGAACAUUGAAGAGAACUACCUCGAAACUGUGUGGGUCUGUGACAGAAGUCCACUUCAUUAUCCUCACUGUGGCAUUGUUUUGAAGAAAGGAAUGAAUGACAAUGGUUGCUCUGCCUUCUCUCACUCAAUGCUCUCCAAUAUUGAUGAAUGCCAGUUUCAAUGGGAUCAGUUAGUCUCCUUCUGCUAUCCUCCUUAA